UUCAUUUUUUUGUAAGUGCAUUUGAUUUGGUCACCUCUAUUCUAUAUUCAACAGGACCAUCUGGUGCUGUCUUCAUUGUACUUACUUCACCUAGUGCUCCAGGUAGUGCCAAUAAGUACAAAUUCUACAGAUGAGGAAGUAUAAGGAGAGUUAACAUUUAAGUGUAAGAACAAUGACUGUGGGCACUGUAAUUUUUUCAGAUAUUUUUAUUAAAUUGCAUUGGUUUAAAACAUGCUUUUUUUUUUUUUCCCAGAGAAGUUCUCAGCUCUGGUUUGUGGUGGUGUGAGGGACAGAACCUGGAACUUUGAAGCCUCAGGGCCCAUACUGUCCAGUGAAGAGGCUGUGCUGCUAGAUUUAAACAGAGUCUCAAGCUAUUGCUGUGAUUGAUCUUCCUUUUUCUGACCUGAAAGACAUUCAGGGAAAGAGGAAGAGAUGGCAGUUUCUUAGGGGCCAUACUGUCCAGUGAAGAGGAGGCUGUGCUGCUAGAUUUAAAACAGAAUUUGAAGCUAUUGCUGUGAAGUAUCUUCCAUUUUCUGGCCUGAAAGACAUUCAGGAAAAGAGGAAGAGAUGGCAGUUUCUUGGGGCUCAGUGACUUAUGAAGAUGUAACUGUGAUAUUCACUCAAGAGGAGUGGGCACUAUUAAAUCCUUCACAGAAGAAACUCUACAGAGAUGUGAUGUGUGAAAACUUCAGAAACUUUCUUUCAAUAGAAAAGAUACAAGAACAUUCCACCAAAGAGCAGCAUAACUUGCCUGGGAGUAAACAAAGGAAUACAACUGUGAAAAUCUCUGAGGGCAAAGAAAGUCAGAAUCGUAGACAAUCUAAAGAAUAUGAAGAAUACAACAAAUUAUUCACUUAUUGUAAUCAUCUUGACCAAAAUGAAAGAACUCACAGUGGAGAGAAACCCUAUGAAUGUAAACUAUGUAGUAAAACAUUCAGUCAUUCCAGUAGUCUUAGGACACAUGAAAGAAUUCACAGUGGAAAGAAACCCUAUGAAUGUAAACUAUGUAGUAAAACAUUUUGUCAAUCCAGUAGUCUUAGGACACAUGAAAGAAUUCACAGUGGAGAGAAACCCUAUGAAUGUAAGCUAUGUAGUAUAACAUUCAGGCAAUCUGGUACUCUUCGGCUACAUAAAAGAAUUCACAGUGGUGAGAAACCCUAUGAAUGUAAAUUAUGUAGUAAAACAUUCAGUCGUUCCAGUAGUCUUCGGAUACAUGAAAGCACUCACAGUGGAGAGAAACCCUAUAAAUGUAAACAGUGUAGUAAAACAUUCAAUCGUUCCAAUUAUCUUCAGACACAUAAAAGAAUUCACAGUGGAGAGAAACCCUAUGAAUGUAAACUAUGUAGUAAAACAUUCAGUCAUUCCAGUAGUCUUCAGACACAUGAACGAAUUCACAGUGGAGAGAAACCCUAUGAAUGUAAACUAUGUAGUAAAACAUUCAGUCAUUCCAGUAGUCUUCAGAGACAUGAACGAAUUCACAGUGGAGAGAAACCCUAUGAAUGUAAACUAUGUAGUAAAACAUUCAGAGAUUCCAGUAGUCUUCGGACACAUGAAAGAAUUCACAGUGGAGAGAAACCCUAUGAAUGUAAACAGUGUAGUAAAACAUUCAGUUGUUCCCGUAGUCUUCAGAGACAUAAAAGAAUUCACAGUGGAGAGAAACCCUAUGAAUGUAAAAUAUGUAGUAAAACAUUCAGAGAUUCCAGUAGUCUUCAGACACAUGAAAGAAUUCACAGUGGAGAGAAACCAAUUGAAUGUAAACAGUGUAGUAAAACAUUCAGUUGUUCCCGUAGUCUUCAGAGACAUAAAAGAACUCACAGUAGAGAGAAACCCUAUGAAUGUAAACUAUGUAGUAAAACUUUCAGAGAUUGCAGUAGUCUUCAGCUACAUGAAAGAAUUCACAGUGGAGAGAAACCCUACGAAUGUAAACUAUGUAGUAAAAGAUUCACUAGUUCCAUUUAUCUUCGGAUACAUGAAAGAACUCACAGUGGAGAGAAACCCUACGGAUGUAAACUGUGUAGUAAAGCAUUCAGUUUUCCCAGUAAUCUUCGGAGACAUGAAAGAACUCACAGUGGAGAGAAACCCUAUGGAUGUAAACUAUGUAGUAAAACAUUCAGUUGUUCCAGUCAUCUUCAGAGACAUGAAAGAAUUCACAGUGGAGAGAAACCCUAUGAAUGUAAACUAUGUAGUAAAACAUUCAGCCGAUCCAGUUAUCUUCAGAAACAUCAAAAAAUUCAUAUGGAGAGAAGCCCUAUGAAUGUAAACUAUGUAGUAAAACAUUCACUUUUUCCAGUAGUCUUCGGAUACAUGAAAGAACUCAGUGGCGAGAAACCCUACGGAUGUAAACUAGUAAAACAUUCAGUUGUUCCAGUAGUCUUCGGAGACAUGAAAGAACUCACAGUAGAGAGAAACCCUAUGAAUGUAAACAGUGUAGUAAAACACUCAGUUGUUCCCAAUAAUCUUCAGACACAUGAAAACAUUCAGAGUGGAGAGAAACCCUAUAAAUGCAAACAAUGUAGUAAAACAUUCAGUUGUUCCAGUCAUCUUCAGAGACAUGAAAGUAUUCACACUGGAGAGAAACCCCAUGAAUGUAAACAAUGUAGUAAAGCAUUCAUGGGUUAUAGUUCUCUUUAUUUACAUGAAAGAACUCACAGUGGCAAGAAACCUAUGAAUGUAAACAUUCAUUCAUGCCAGUUUACUUUGGAGACAUAAAAGAUCUCACAGUGUAGAGAAACCCCAAAACAUGGAUUCUACCUGUCAUCUUUGUCAACAUGAAAUAACACAAUUAAGAAAAAUUUGAUGAAUGUAACCAGUGUUGAAAACAUUCCGUUGUUCUGGCCCUCUUUGUAGACAAAGUAUUCACAGUGAAGCAAAACCCUAUGUAGUAAAAGAUUCAGUUCCACUAAUUUUCAAACAAAUAUAUUUGCAGAGGAAAUAAAACUUUUGAGCAUAAGCUGUGUACUAAAGAUUAGAGAUGCAAGCUGAGACAUGGUGUAGAGUCUAGUUCAAUAUAAUAGUUCUCACAUGUGAGCAUUUGCACUACAUGGGCUAGAGACAUGUUCUGGAUUAUUGUCUAUUUCUCCAUCUUCUGUUAAUAUAUAUGUAAAUAAUUGUAGAAAUCACAGUUCCAUGCUAUAUCAGGGAAC